UAAUAUUUUUGUAUUUUAUGUUUUCAUUAUUCAAAAUGAAACCAUCUACAUCUAUAUCUGUAUCUUCAGGCACCUCAACAAUCAGAGGACUGGCUCAAACUCUCUUUGCUUGAACAUCUGAGCCCAGUGGGGACAAGAAGGGGGAGAAAAGCUUUACAGUACAACCACAACAGAAAAGAAAAAGGUCCCCCCCAAAAAAAAACCGCUGCUGCCUCCCCCGGAGUGACUGCUCGUUUCCAAUGGGGGAGAGAACACAGAGUGGCAAAUAUAAACAGCAGGACGGCUGUGUUGAGGGAAAUUACCUCCCUGAACCGCUGGCACGUGGCCAGCAAGAAGACAUUCAUCUGUUUCGUAUCGAGUCUGGCUCGCAAGAUGAAGGGGUGGGUGGAGUGGGGGGUGGAUGAGACGGCGAAUGAGACAGGACAGAGUGCGAUCCGACUGCAGACUGCGAAGCAGAGCCGGCGAGAGAGGGAGGCAGCAGGGCCGCAACAUCUGAAAGUUUUAAACCUGUGAUCGCUUCAGGUGAUGCAAAGCAAGCCUGGAGUUCCUUCCAGCAUGUGGAGGGAAAGCCAAGACGGCAUCAUGGAUCGCUACAGUCUGGGACAGAUUUAACUGCUGCGGCGGGGCGUUCGGCUUCAUUCUUAUGUGGAAAGCGUUGCAGUUAAAGGAAGCAAUAAAAGCUGUGGAAGAAUAUAGAUAGAAAGCCAAGAUUGAAAUGCAUUUGGCUUUGAGCUGCAGCUUGGGAAGAUACUUAAAGGACUGAGAUGCAAAAGGAGCUCAUCAAGCACCGACCUGGGAAAAAGUGGAUGACGGGAGAAUCGGCUGCGUGGGAAAGCGAGGACCUCUGUGAUCGUCUUGCUGUGGAAGUUCUGCUCGUGAUGGGAUUAUUCCAGCUCCGGAGUUUACUGCAGCGGCCCUGCUAACUUCACACCCUGAAUCUUUCAGCCAUCGUCAUUUCAAAGACUUGUCAUUCUGCUCACGGGACGAUGCAUGUUGUGCACCGGCCCUGAGCGGCCCCAGCAGACCCUGCGCCUUCGCCUGCGGGACCCAGUGACCAUGCUGACCGAGCGUCUGACAGCAGAGAGAUCAGAGCCACCGCCCACGCUCAGGCCCGCCGCAGCAUCAGCAGCAACAUGUUUCACCCGCUCAAUAACAGUUCAGAUGCAGACGAGGAGCCUGCGGCUCAGCUGAGAUGGGCCGCCCUCCUCAUCGUCAUGGUGAUCAUCCCCACCAUAGGAGGAAACAUUCUGGUUAUUCUGGCCGUGUCGCUGGAGAGAAAGCUGCAAAACGCCACCAACUACUUCCUGAUGUCGCUCGCGGUCGCCGACCUGCUGGUGGGACUUCUAGUGAUGCCCAUCGCACUCGUCACUAUUCUCUAUAACUCUAGGUGGCCUCUUCCAGACUUUCUCUGCCCAAUCUGGCUCUUCCUUGAUGUGCUCUUCUCUACAGCGUCCAUUAUGCACCUCUGUGCCAUCUCACUGGAUCGCUACAUCGCCAUCAAGAAGCCAAUUCAACACAGCCAAUACAAAUCCAGAGCCAAAGCCCUGGCCAAGAUCGCACUCGUUUGGCUCAUAUCCAUCUGUAUUGCAAUCCCAAUCCCGAUAAAAGGGCUGAAGAAUCUUCACGACAAGAACAUCACCUUCAACAGUAAUCACACAUGCCUGCUAAAACCAAACACUUUCUCAGAGUUCAUCAUCUUUGGCUCCCUGACAGCAUUCUUCAUCCCUUUGACCAUCAUGAUGAUCAUCUACCUUCUCACCGUGCAAGUGUUGCGCAAAAAGGUUUAUUUGCUGCGGUCAAAGGUGACCCAACGCUUCAGCUCCUCACCGAUCUCCACAGUUUUCCAAAGCGACCCAGCCUUAGCUUCUCCUCAAGCUGAGCAAAUGAACAUGUUGGAUAUCAGACUUCCCAGGCACCCAGAAAAACCAAACGCGGACAUGAUGACCGCUCCCACGGAGAAGGAAAUAUCUUUCCGCAGAAUGUCGACGAUGGGCAAGAAGUCAAUGCAGACUCUGAGCAACGAGCAGCGCGCCUCCAAGGUGCUGGGCAUAGUCUUCCUCCUGUUUGUCGUCAUGUGGUGCCCGUUCUUCAUCACAAACAUCACCUCGGCUCUAUGCUCCAGCUGCGUUGAGAAGGUAAUUUCCCGUCUGAUGGAGAUCUUUGUCUGGGUUGGCUACGUGUCAUCUGGGAUCAAUCCUCUGGUCUACACACUUUUCAAUAAAACCUUCAGGGAAGCUUUCACACGCUACAUCACCUGUAACUACAAAAACUGCACGAGAGACAGGCUGGGACGGCAGCUCGGCUCGACCGCUGCAGACUGGAACCUUACAAGCAUUUCGUUUAAAUCUUCCAUGGCAGAGAACUCAAAACUGUUCAUGAAGCGGGGAAUGAAGAAUGGCAUUGGACGAGUGAGCUACCAAAGUCCACUACGGUGCCAGCAGGCUGUGCAGUCACCAGGCGGUGUUCUGCUAAACACAAUUCUUUUGACUGAAAAUGAAGAUUUUAAGCAGGAAGAACAUGUGAGCUGUGUAUGAAUACAUACACAGAUGAUGUGGCUUGGUUUGAUGCAUAUUCAAAUUCAAAGACAAAGGCUUUCCCAAAAUCUAAAAAAACAAAGAUUGGAGUCUGCACCUAUGUGACAUAAUGAUGAGGCAACAAAACUUACAUUUCCUUGCAAAAGUUUUACAACCCCUUUAACAUUUUGUCAUAGAGUAGUGCGUAAUUAUGAAAUGAAAG